ACACACCGUACAGUCCCCUCAUCCUCACGUAUAUAAAUACUACUACUUGUAUAGUGUUGCAGACAGAACACGUAAAACUUAGAAACAUGUACAUUGUUGCAGACAGAACACGUAAAACCUAGAAAUUAUUAAGAUGAUGAGCAGUAAAUGGAAUGAAGAUGGCAGCAGCGAAUCCGUGGUGUCGGAGAAGCAGAUAACUCAGAAUCACAGCAGUCCUUGGAUUGUCCCCCUGCCUAAAGAGGAGAGUGAGUAUCGUUGCAUCUCCACCGCAACACCGCCGUAUGAAAUUCGUCGCCGAGGCGGAACCUUCCCUGAUUUGGGUGAUAAACAGGUAAAGAAUUGCUGUUAUGGAUGGCUAAUUUUAUUGGACGAAAACGAUUACCAAAUCUCCCUUCAGAAUCCUCUCACAUCCCAAUUGAUCCAUCUACCUCCCCUGAAAUCCAAGCAACCCCAAAUCUGUAUUCUCUCUAUUUUAUUGUCAUCAUCGCCGUGUAAAACAAAUUCUGCUUCUCUUGAUCCAAAUUGCAAGGUUUUUUUAUUUGAGUAUAAUCUUCCUUCCCUUUGGUAUUGUGUACUUGGAGAGAAACACUGGAAUACAGUAUGCUAUUGCAAAAAACGCAAGCAUGCCCUUUCUCAGCCGUUUAUUCUAAAUGGUGCUUUGUAUGCUAGACAAGGCCAAGUCCGCAAGAAGUUAUACUGUAUUCACAAUAUCAAGCCAACCCACAUUGACAUGAGAAAAUUUUGUGACUUACCUUGCGUCCCUGAAUUUGCCUGUACAACAUGUUUUGAUCACUUGGUCGAAUCAUACGGCGAGCUCUUCUACAUCAUUAUAUCAAAGGGAGGAAUAAACAUUGCCGCAGUUUUAGACAUAAGAGUUUUCAAAUUUAAUCAAGAAAGCUUGAGAUGGCACAAGGUGAAAAGGGCACAAGACCGUGUGUUUUUCUUAGGUAGAGAGUUUGAUAUCUCCUAUCUUGCAACUGGAGAUAUUAAAGGUGGUUUCAUAUAUAUUGCCUGGCAACAAUACUUCUAUAUAUACAGCUUUGAGGACCACAGCCUUUCCAAAUCUCUGCCGCGUUUGAUGUGGAAUAUCCCCAAGACUUGCGGACACAGUCGACCAAUUAUUCUUUUUGGGCCUGAUUUAAGACAUGUCGAACAAAAUUUGGGCGAACCAGGACGAUCAGAAGUUAAAGGAAGGGAAGUCAGACAGCAAACUAACCACAACGCGAAUAUGCUGGGAACAAACGAAGGAGAAAGUCAACUUUUCAACCUUCCAAUUGAUACUCUCACAUUCAUCACAAGAUUACUGAGUCCAGUUGAUUACAUCAAUUUUCGUGCUACCUCCAGGACUUGUAGAUCGGUACUACCUCAAAUUCAAUGGAGAGAACCUUCUAUUAGCUCACAUGCUGCUCCACUAUUGCCAUGGUUCAUUUCUUCUGAUGAAAUCUCUGGAAUUCAUAGUUUUGUGGAUUCGAAACUUGGUGGCAAGUAUUUCAUUAACAUCUCAAAAACUUUACUAGAUGCUAAAAUUCUCCAUUCGAACAAUGGCUGGUUGUUAAUGUCCAGAGGUUUGAAGGCCUUGUCAUUCUACAAUCCGUUCGCAAAAGAGAUUAUUAAAUUGCCAAAACCGCCUAAAGAAUUUUUCCGAUCCUCCAGCAUUGGGUUCUCAUCCUCUCCAAAAUCUCCAGAAUGCACAGUGGUGGCAAUACAUGCUGUAGAUAUCGCGAGAAUAUACGUUCUUCGUAUCAGAGAGAAGGAAUGGCGUCAUUAUGCAUUUGACAUCCCCUAUUUUGACAACCAUGAUCUUGUCAACAAUCCUCAGGAAUUUGAAACAAGUAACAAUAGUCCAGUUUUUUGUGAUGGUGCCUUAUAUGUUCUUGGUCAAUAUGGAAGUUUAGGAGUUUUUGAAUUGCAAGGAAGGGAACAAGGGACUUGGAGAAUCAUUUAUGAGACUGAGAAACAAGAUGAAGUUGGUUGCGAGAAUUUCUUAUUGGAAUGUGAUAAAAAACUCUUAUCAAUUUUUAUUGGACGAGCAGCACGGGAGGUGAAUGUUUACGCACUAAAUCGCUCUUCAAUGUCUUGGGAAAAAAUAGAAAACUUGGAAAAUUAUGCUUUGUUUGUGAGUCGAUCGUCAUCAUUUUCGACAUUGGUGAAAUCUAAUGGGAUGGGAAACAGAAUCUUCCUUCCAAGACUCCAUGAUAAUAGCAUUGUCAGUUACUGUUUCAAGACCAGAGAAUAUCAUUGUUUUGCUAGACAGGAUGAUGUGGUGGAGUAUCACAACACGAGAGAAUUGCUAAGUGCAUCUUGGAUUGAACCUUCAUGGCAAGAAAAAUUGGGUAAUUUUACCUUGAGUAACUCGAAGGCAUCCUCAGAUGAUUCACCGUUGAUGGACUCACCAAAUGCAUCAAAUUCAUCAUUGGAGUUGUUGUUACCGCAUAAAAAGGAAUUUAUGCGGCCUCGAAGCUACUUCUCGAUUAUUUGCAGUUACUAUCUAAAUGCUUUAUUCCAAUCUGUACUUAUGGCUAUUUGCUUUGUGACUGACCAAAGAAGGGACAAGACGAUCAUCCAAUUGUGUUUUGCGGCUCUGGCAAAAGCUCUUUCCAUGUCUCUGUGUGAGUCCAAACACUGUGUGAGCGCCUUUCCCUUUCAGUGUGUUUUCAUUCUUUGAGUGAGUGUGUUGUCGUGCUUUAUUUUUUUCAAUUUUGUCUUUGGUUGUGAAAAUAACUUAAUUUAAGCUGAAUCUUAACGGAACAAAAUGUGAUCUUCCCUAUGUUAUGCAAGAAUCAUUCACUUCCCUCUUACAGUUUCUCCUCAGAAAAUGUCGCCAUUUUAGAAAAAUGGGUAUAAUUCACAUAUUUCUGGUGGUAUAUUUUGUGUUGAAAAUGAUAUAUUUUGCCAAACAUUGUGGCAUCUAUUUAAUUUUGUUUCAUGUUCUGCUGGGGACUUCACUCUUCUUAUUGGAGAUUGGUACUAGACUAAUCACUCGGCAGGUUCAAAAUGUUGUCUGUCUUUGAUAGUCUGUCACGUGUUUGUUGUAAUGCGUAAGAGAAAGAUUACAAAUUGGUAAGGAAUGGUAUUCUAUUGUUGCAGAUGUUGAAGGCUAUAUUUACUCAUUCAUCGUACCGUUAUAGUCGAUUUCAUAUAAAAUAUUGUUAUUGUGCAUGACGUUCUGUCAUGAAUGUGAGAAUGCUUCAUUAACCCUUUUUUCUUGCUGCAUUAGAUAAUCUUUCUUCAAUUUUUCUUAAAUAACUUCAAGUUUAUUAUUUUAUG